GUUGCGAUGAUAUCAGAUAUGAGAGACAAGGGAGCACAGGUUGACGAAGGUACUUACCCUCAAUUCCGAACUCUCCCAGCAUGGCGUCCGGACAGCAUCCAGCAGGAGUGCCAGAUUGGAACAACCUCGACAUUCUCCACAAGAACACGCUGCCCGCGCGCGCCUACUUUCACAACUACACCUCCGAGGCCGAUGCGCUCAAUGCCGACGUGACAAAGUCAACGACACACAGCCUGUCGGGCACAUGGAAGUUCCAGCACGCCUACUCGCCAUUCGAGGCUCCUGACGGCUUCGAGUCGACCUCGUUCGACACUUCGUCAUGGAGCGACAUUGCCGUACCCGGCAUGUGGCAGCUGCAGGGCUUUGGUAAAGGCCCUCAGUACACCAAUGUCAUCUAUCAUAUUCCUGUAGACCCACCCAAUGUUCCCUUUACCGAGAACGAGACGGGGUCGUACGUCCGGAAGUUCAGUGUCCCCGCUGGCCUCAAGGACAGCCAGAUUCGCCUUCGGUUUGAAGGCGUUGACUCUGCUUUCCACGUGUGGGUUAACGGAAAAGAAGUGGGCUAUUCUCAGGGUAGCAGGAACCCUGAUGAGUUCGACAUCACUUCACUCGUUGAUGUCAACGGUGAGAAUACAUUAGCCGUCAGGGUCUAUCAGCACUGUGACGGCACGUACAUUGAAGACCAGGACCAGUGGUGGCUAAGUGGCAUAUUCCGAGAUGUUUUCCUGGUUGGCUUUCCCAAGGCAUCCCGAAUCGACAACGUUUUCGCACAAACGCUCUUGGACUCUUCCUACACUGACGCUGAGCUCAAGCUCAAAAUCACUGCCACGGGAUCUGGCAAAAUCGCAGUAAAGCUCUUGGAUGCGACAAAGCAAGAAGUUGCUUCUUCAGACGCCCAGAUUGACAAUGGCGGCGAAACCAAGCUCAGCCUUCAGGUCAAGAACCCCUUGAAAUGGACUGCCGAAUCACCAAACCUCUACCAUCUUGUCGUAUCCACUGGUGACCAGGUUGUUGCCCAACGCGUUGGUUUCAGGCAGGUCGAGAUGAAGGAUGGCCUCAUCAAGGUCAAUGGCAAGAGGGUGGUCUUCCGCGGAGUCAAUCGCCAUGAGCAUCACCCUACUUGUGGACGUGCCGUUCCUUAUGAAUUCAUGAAAGAGGACCUGUUGACUAUGAAGCGCCACAACAUCAAUGCUAUCCGUACAUCGCAUCAGCUCAAUGACCCACGACUCUACGAUCUCGCGGAUGAGAUGGGUUUCUGGGUCAUAGACGAAGCGGACUUGGAAUGCCACGGUUUCGAGAGCAUAGCGGAUGCAGCCCUAAACAAGGAACAGCGCGCUCUUCCUUUCCGUGAGCGUCAGCUCCUCACUAGAAUGCAAGCUGCGGAAUGGACCACUAACAAUAAGGAUUGGACACACGCAUACGUUGAUCGUGCCGAGGCGCUUGUAAAGAGAGAUCAAUUACACCCUUCCGUCAUCAUUUGGAGUUUGGGCAACGAAGCCUUCAUGGGACGCAACUUUGUGGCCAUGUACGAGCAUAUCAAGGCUUAUGAUGAUAGCCGACCCAUUCAUUACGAAGCUGACAUCUAUGCCGACACAAUGGACAUGUACUCGAGAAUGUAUCCUCCUAUUGACGAAAUUGUCAGAUUUGGAGAGGACAAGGAAAAGAAGAAGCCUCUUGUUUUGUGUGAAUUUAUCCAUGCAAUGGGUAACGGGCCUGGAAACAUCAAGGAGUACAUCGAUGCUUUCUACAAGUACCCGACUUUGCAAGGUGGCUUUGCCUGGGAGUGGGCCAACCAUGGUCUUCUCACCAAGGACAAGAAGACUGGAGAGGAAUUUUACGCCUACGGUGGAGACUUUGGAGAAGAAAUCCACGACUCGACAUUCGUUAUGGACGGACUUGUCAACUCUGACCAUAAGCCAAACGCGGGUCUAAUCGAGUACAAGAAAGCUAUCGAGCCAGUGCAGCUUUUGGAGUCUGGCCCUUCGAAAGCCACAUUCAUCAACCGAUACGACUUCAUCACUCUCGACCACUUGACCUGCACCUAUACAACAACUUCUGCAUCCGGAAGUGGUUCCGGAUCUGGAAGCCUAGAUAUUCCAGCUGGUAUUGCACCAGGUCAGACCUUUGAAUUGCAGCUUCCCAAGAUUGAGGGAUCUGAAGGCGAAGUUCUGCUCAACAUCUCAUUCCAGCUAAAGAAUGCAACACCGUAUCUCAAGGCAGGCUUCGAAAUUGCGACUGCACAGAUACCAGUCACUCCGGUCGCGCCGCUCCAGAGAUCUGAUCCUAAAGGCAAGCAGAUCAAGAUCGAGGCGGAGUCCAAGAACGUCAUCAAGAUCACAACCGAUGCUGUCACAUGGAAGUUCAAUACACUCCAUGGCUCUCUCGUUUCAUGGGUACAGGGCUCUACUGAGCUUAUCUCCAAAGCGCCAGAGUUCGACAUCUUCCGCGCUCCUACUGAUAACGAUAUACCCCAAGAUGGUUGGGAUUGGAAUGACAAGCAGCUCCAUCAUGCAAAGCCGGCGACGCGGAAGGUUGAAUGGUCACAGUCAGGCUCAGACGCUCUCAAGGCCACUGUACACCAGCGCAUAGCUCCUCCAGUUCUCUCAUGGUCCAUUGAUACCACCCUGAUAUACACAUUCAGUGCCAGUGGGACCCUAUCUGUGCACGUUACCGGUACUCCAAAGGGCGAGAAUCUGCCUCGCACACUCCCACGUAUUGGCCUUGUCAUGGAGCUCCCUAAGCAAUUCCAAAACGUCGAGUGGUUUGGCCGCGGUUUCAGCGAGUCCUACAGGGACAGCAAGCUGUCUCAGCCCGUGGGCAAAUACACUGUUUCCAACAUCGAUGACCUAUGGGUAGACUACGAGGUACCUCAGGAAUCGUCAAACCGCACAGACACACGCUAUCUCAGUGUCACCAACGGCAGCGGCGCUGGACUACUCGCGCAAUUCUCAGGCAAGGCUGAUGGCGAGAGGGCGCUGUUUGACUUCCAGGUCAGCCACUACAGGAUGAAGGAUGUGGCUGCUGCAGGCCACCCUCAUGAGCUGAGGAAGAAGAAGCGAGAGGAUUUUGUGCUGAGAUUGGAUGCGCAGCAUCAUGGACUUGGUAGUGGCAGUUGCGGACCGAGGACGUUGGACGAGUAUAGCUUGAUGUGCGAGCCAUUUGAGUUCGAAGUCGUCUUGCAGGCACCUUGAGCGUCCUAGUCUCGGAUAAAGGUAUUUUUAGUGAUUUUCGAAAUGAAAGCAAAGACAAAAAUUUAAUGA